AUGACCGAUGAUAAGAGUGUCCCACCACACGACGAGUUGGUCGACUCCAAGACGCUCGAGGCGGCCGAGAUGAUCGGAGUGUUCGACCAAGACGGGAACGAGAGGCCGUUUGGCGGGCUCGUCCGGCAUGGUAAAGUCUGUGUUGUCUUCAUCAGACACUUUCUCUGUGGGUACUGUCAGGAGUUCCUCGUCGCCUUGAAGCAGCAGGUCGAGCAGAACCCGAUUGGCGAUAAGCAGAUUAUCGUGAUCGGUUGUGGACAUUGGUCGGUUAUCAAAUCCUACAAAGAACUACUCGGAGAUAUCCCGUUCGAUAUUUAUUCGGACAACACCGCCAAUUUGUUCAGCUCCUUGGGAAUGAUCUCUAAGUUCGAUACCGGCGACCCCAAGACUCAAGGACGUUAUAUCACCCAGAGCCUCACCAAUACCGUGCUCAACGCUCUGACCAACGGCUGGAAGAUGGGGACAAGUUCUUUCCUUCGCAGUGGUAAAAUGGCCCAACUGGGUGGCGAUUUUGUCUUUGUUGAUGGGGAUUGUGUGCUUGCCCACAGGAUGAGAACUGCCAGAGAUCACCUGGAGCCUGAUGAGCUCCCCACUGCUGCAGCAUCCCUCGAGCAACCCAGCACCCCAGCCAGCAGCCGGCGAAGCCUCAAAUGGUACUCAUCCAUCGAUCAGGCAUUCCAUCCAGCCGACCACCUCAUCCCACCCGAAUCCAGGGAAAGGUUUUACCUGGAUCUGUACUUGUUGAAGCCGGAUAAGGAGCACCUGAGGGAUACAUUGGACCGGCUCAGCGUCCAGGAGCUGCUCGGCGUAUACAGGCAGAACUUGAACGACUUGACCGGCUAUGGGAUCCGCUGUCUCAAAAACGCUGCCGAGAUCGAGAAUGGCCUUGCCCAACAACCUACCCAGCCCUCAGUCGACCAUCCGUCCGAGGACUCUGCCCUCAGUGAGCUAAACGAAGUUGAUCAGAUUCGACUGUCUAACGCUUUGGAGACACUAUCGGCAAUCUCCAAAACGAUCAUGGCCAAAGAAGGAUACGAAAACUUGAACCUCGAUCUUAUCAGUUUGAUUGCUGGUUCCAUCGACAACAGUGACCCGGUCUUCUCGGAUUUCGUCUACAGUAUUGAUAAGAUUCUCUCCGACCAAGCUCAAUCAUUACGCACCCGUCAUCGGACUCUCCAACUAGCUUUGUCCGUCGUUUCUGGUGUCAAUCAAGGCUCGAUCAAUGCGUACUUCUUACGAAGGGAUCUAUUUAACACGAUUGCCUCGCUGGUUGCAAGCCCCAAGACGGUCUCGUUGGUCUUCGAUAGCGUCUUGCUCCUCGAUCUGCUGGCCAACUUCAGACGUUUUGAAUCUCGCAACCCAUAUCUUGUUAGGAUGGAAGAUUACGUAGACGAGAAGGCAAUGGAAAGAAUCAUCAGUCUCAGUAUCUUGGCUCUUGAGGAUUUGAGAGUAGCUUAUCAGGAUAUCAAUGCUUCGAAAAGUUCAAACUCCUCGUUGCUAGGACAAGUUACAAGCACAGUUUUAAGCGUCUUCACGAGUCCGCUAUCAAGACAGGCCAAUUCAUCUAAUCGGACAAUGAAUCAAGCGUUUGACAGCCAUCCGGGUCGGCCCACAUGUAUUCUACUGCCGAUCUACGACCUCCUGUGUUCGAAUACAACCUUCUUUAACGUUCUGCUGUUGAGCAAACCCUUCUGGCAAAGCUUUCUCUCCUUUUCUAGCUACCUACUCUCUCAUGCAAGCUCCAGUCCUCGCUCCGAGCUCUACGGACGACUUGCUCUGGUCAUUCUUAUCCAUUUGGCCGAAGAGGGUCAGAAGUUCGUCUGUGGCGCUGCCGAUGAAUCAUUUCAAGUGGCCGUUGCGUUUUGUCGUGAUAGGCAACCACCACUGGGGCCGAGCUCAGACUUAGAGAGAGCGCCGAUCGCAGCCAUGCUAGACUGUGGGAUUCUGUAUCUGCGGCACAAUUUGCAGAGGAAGUUGAAGAUCGAGACCCACCUGGUUUGUCUCCGUCUGAUCCACGAGUUGUUGUUCUGUUUACAAUCACAUCAAGUCCGGCUUGAAGGGUUUGAUUGGAGGGAGCUGUGGAGGGCCCUGUUCUCCCUCGCAAGUCGCGUGGGCUCCAGGAUCGAUGAACUGAUGACAGUGCAGGAUAUCGAUCGACUUGCUCAACAGAUUCUCGAUAUCUUAUCUUUUGCCGCGAUUUGGUCGGAGGUUUUAUUUAAAGACAAUCUGACGACCGCGAUCCUAUAUUUUGAAAUUCUGAGAUCUGAAGAGACAAUCAAGAACUUAAUAACAGUAGCCAACAUAAGCAGUGGAGUUAAUGGUAGUAACAAUAACAAUAGAGGUAGUGGUAGUUUCGGCAGGAAAUCAAGCAUGAUUAGUAAUGGCGUUGGUAGUAGCAGUAGCAAUCUAGGCGUCAGUACAAUCGAAUCGGUCAAAAACUUGAACACGAUCAUCAGCAAAUCCAAAUGGAUCCUCGAGCAAUCGAAGCACGCCAAGUAUAAGGCGAGCGGGAGCCAGUCUUCGAAGCCGUCAUUCAGCUUCUUCUUCUCCUCGGGCGCCAGCACGCCCAGCACCCAAGCCCCAAACAGUGGCAGCCCUGCUGCGCCAACUACCCUUGUCAUCAGCUCCGCAGAGGACUGUCUUAACUUGCUCCAGGGCAGAUUGAAUGAGAUCGGCUUGAUUGAUUCAGCGUCGUUAGAAAAUCAUCUCAGGAAGUAUAGCGAGACUGAUAAGAUCGAAGAUCUCAAGAAAUUCAUCGCCAUGGUUCCGGGGGAUGUUUUCCAAUUGAUGGUCCUCUAA